CAAUACAUCACUUACCUCGUUCAAUGCAUUGUUUCACCUCCAUCCUCACUACGAGCCUCAAUUCCAGCCUUAACGCGAGCUAAUCCCGCAGGAGCCACCAAACAAGCGCUCUCACUCAACGACGCGCAAUGAAGGCCAGAAAUCUGAAUUUAGAUAGGACGAGCCGGCUGUAGUAGGAUGCAAGAGAGAGCUCGCAAAGUUUGAUAGUGAUUGGAGUUGUCUUAGCUAGGGUCGCUUAAUCUGUCAUGGCCGUGGACUCUUAACUCCGUCUCCAUCUCCAUCUCCAUUCCCACUUCAUCUCAUUCUCAUCGCCACGCAGCAUCUACGCGCAGCAUACCCUGUAGUUGAAAUUCAUAUGCCGUGGGCAAAUCGCAGCGGCAAGACGAUGGCCUCUAAACUAUUCCUAUCAACUUACUCAAACCUUAGAAGAAGAGGGCUGGCUGAGAUCAAUUCUUCCCAAGACAUGUCCAUCGGUUCAGUCCAGCCCAUGACAGGGGACAUGCCCACGAUGCGCACCGGGUUCUUUGAGGCUGACGCCCUGUUUAUGUUUUCGUGUUUGAUUGCCAAAAUUGACAGGAAAAGCAGAGCUCGAUCAUUAAGGGGCAAACUGGCGCUAACGCCACGCCCUAAAACUAUUAUUGCCCAGGCACCCAGGCCAGGAUCCAAGGGUCCUUUGCUACCGCGCGGAUCGAAUGUAGCUAAACGAGUCGAUAACAUUGCCAGGAUGGGUAUAGAGGUUCAACGCCUCGCUCCUCAAGCAAAGCUGAGAGAAAUCCAGAAUUCUGUUUCGCGCGACCGGGGUCCCAUUCAACCUCGCUCUCCCCCUUUGUUAGCACCACAGUACUGUAGAGCCGGCGGCCCGAUACUAUUGAAAAUGCCCGGGUCUUAGCGCCUGGGCUCAAGGUAUCCGAUGGACUUCCAAGCGACUGCCUACAGGACCUAGGCACGUCCGGUGGUCUAGCGCGUAAAUGAAGCCACAGGCUCAGUAGGUAGAAUUAGAGCUUAUGAUCACCGGAACGACCCUUUUCUAGGCUGAAUCUUACCAGUACUGGGGCCAAUCUGCUAAAGCACGGUACUUUGAGACGUUACUUUCAUAGGAAUACCCCUCUUCUGCGGCUGAUUUGUGGCUUGAAUUGCGCGCUAGACCACCGGACGUGCCUAGGUCCUGUACUCUCAAAUCAGCCUUAUGGCGCUGUAGGCCGUGGUAGCUUUAUAUAUAUGGGUAGAACGUCUCAAAUGUUGACGCCAAACCUCAACUCUCU